CCCCACUUCACAAACAAUCUCAAAAUGCAUAUGCCUAUCCAUCCUAAUUUUAUGGCACUACUUUUCUUCUUUUUCUUCUGCCAAUCAUUGGCCUUCGCCACCACUUACAAUAUUUUGGACUUUGGAGCAAAGCCUCAUGCUAAUUCCGACUCCACCAAUUCCUUGUCCAAAGCAUGGUCCUUAGCUUGUGCAUCCACAAAACCUUCCACUGUCUACAUACCACAAGGUCGAUUCCUGCUCAAAAACCUUCAUUUCAAGGGCCCAUGCAGGAACAAGGCCAUUACCUUCCGCAUUGAUGGCACCCUCGUCGCCCCCUCUGACUACAACGCCAUCGGGAACGUCGGUAAUUGGCUACUAUUCGAGGGCGCAGACGGCGUUACUAUACGUGGCGGUACCCUCGACGGCCAGGGUGCUCCCCUGUGGGCUUGCAAGAAAUCUGGCAGAAACUGCCCUACUGGCGCGACAACAUUGGGGUUUUCUAAUUCCAAAAAUGUGGCGGUAAGUGGAUUGAGGUCCCUAAAUAGCCAAAUGUUCCACAUAGUGAUCAACGGUUGCGAAAAUGUGAAGUUGCAAGGAGUGAAGGUAUUGGCCUCUGGAAAUAGUCCAAAUACUGAUGGAAUUCAUGUCCAGUUAUCGACAGGGAUCACUAUUUUGAACUCUAAAAUUAGCACUGGUGACGAUUGCAUCUCAAUAGGGCCGGGCGCCACCAACUUGUGGAUUGAAAAUGUUGGCUGUGGCCCCGGCCAUGGCAUUAGUAUUGGAAGUCUAGGGAAGGAUUAUGAAGAGGCAGGGGUACGAAAUGUGACUGUGAAAACUACAACAUUCAAGAAUACGCAAAAUGGUUUGAGGAUAAAGACAUGGGCAAGACCAAGCAAAGGGUUUGUGAAGGGUGUUUUCUUCCAGCAUGCUGUUAUGACCAAUGUACAAAAUCCCAUUGUUAUUGACCAGAAUUACUGCCCAGACCACAAAAACUGUCCUGGACAGGUAUCGGGUGUGAAAAUCAGUGAUGUUACUUAUCAAGACAUUCAAGGAACGUCAGCAACGCAAGUAGCUGUGAAAUUCGACUGUAGCAAGAGGAGUCCAUGCCAAGGCAUUAGGUUAGAAGAUGUAAAGCUGAGCUACAAAAAUCGAGCGGCUGAAGCAUCAUGCUCAAAUGCAGCUGGGACGACGGCCGGUAUCAUCGAACCAUCGAGCUGCUUGUACUGAUGAGGAAGGAAGGACACAUGCAUGAGUGCAGUAUUCAGUAUUAAUUAACUAGGUUUUGCUUGAGCCUGUGGCUGUGCCAUCAUCGUGUUAGCCUGGCCUUGCACAUAAUUAAUUAAUACUAUAUACGUACCUACAAAUCGUUUUAGCUUGAGAUCAUUAAUUUAAUUAAGUAUCAAGGGCUAAAGUUGUAUGAAAAUGAAAUGUAAAGGACUAUUAAUGAUCUCUGCUCCCCAAUUAUAAAUAUUUAAUUGGUUAAAUUGAGAUCCCAUGAUUAUAGGUUUUAUUCCAUCAACAUGUGGGAUGUUUAUUCUACUUUAACAAUAGGUGUUGUUCUAUUUUAUUAAUAGUUGAUAAUUGGUGUGUGAAACCCAUGAUCUUAGAGGUCAUGGUUUCGAAUUCAACUUAUGUGUGGGAGUCUAUUGAAUAGUAGGUGUUAUUUUUACUGUAAUAC